AACGCCUUCAUUCUCACGCCCAUCCAAUUACAAAAUCAUGGCCCAAGUUCAAGGAACAACCUCACCCCGCUUCGCCAAAGUGCACUCCCUCUUUCAAUCCUUCCUCGACUCCGGCAGCGAACUAGGCGCCUCCAUCUGCGUCAACAUCGACGGCACCGACGUGGUUGACCUCUGGGGCGGCUACGCCGACGCUGCGCGAAGCCAACGCUGGGAAAAAGACACGAUAACAUGCGUGUGGUCGUCGUCGAAAACCAUCACCGCCCUGGCGACUCUCGUAUGCAUUGACCGCGGGCUCCUCGACCCCACUGAAAAGGUGGUGAAAUACUGGCCCGAGUUCGGCGUCAAUGGCAAGCAAAACGUAGAGGUGCGGCACUUGCUGAGUCAUGCGGCGGGGCUUAGCGGGUGGCAGGAGGCUGUCACCGUAGAGGAUAUAUGUAACCUGGAGAAGGCCACAAAGCUACUUGAGCAGCAGGCUCCGUGGUGGGAACCUGGUUCUGCGAUGGGUUAUCAUGCCAUGACCAUGGGCCACCUGCUUGCCGAACUUGUCCGUCGCGUUACCGGUGUCCCAUUUCAGGACUUUGUCUUAAAGGAACUGGCAGGUCCGCUCAACGCCGACUUUCGAUAUGGAGUCAAGAAAGAGGAUUUGGGCCGUGUGGCACAGAUUAUUCCUCCCCCGCCGCUAAAGCCGGAGGAGGUGCCGGAGAUAUUCAAGGAUCCGAGUAGUCUCGGGUUCAGGACUUUGGCUAUCAACCCGGGUAUGAAUGCGGAGGAUGCUAAUGGCGAACUCUGGCGUAUCUCCGUCGUUCCGGCUGCAAAUGGGUUUAGUAACGCGAGGGGGCUUGUUCGUCUGCUCUCACCGCUGUCGCUUCAGGACGAGUCUGUCCUUUCGCAGAAGACGGCUGAGAAGAUCUUCGUCAUGCAGCAACAAGGUAAUGACAUUGUCAUGGGUGCGCCGGUCAAGUUUGGUCUGGGCUUUGGGCUGUCGGCUCCGGAAACGAUAUUCGAGAAUCUGCCAGAGGGUAGAGUGGCGAGUUGGGGUGGCUGGGGAGGCAGUCAAGUUAUUGUCGAUUUGGAGAAUCAGAUGACCAUUUCAUAUGUCAUGAACAAGAUGGAGAAUGCAGGCAUGGGGCAGAUAAGAGAAGAAGGAGAGAAGAGGGGUAUGGGGAAUCAGAGGACAAAUGCUUUUGUCAAGGCUAUCUACGAAGCUUUGGAGGCUAAGUAGAGAUAUGGGUGGUUAUGGAUUGAUAUAUGUUGCAAGUAUAAACAAGUAACACGCAGAGAAACAUGUUCACUG